GAGAGACAUUCAAUUCAAUGCUAGCUCUGAUGUCUCAGCCUCAGCACAAAAAUAAUUAAUUAAAUAAACAAAAACAAAACCAAACAAAAAAAGUGUGAAUUCUCUUUUGGAUUCUCCGAUUUCGAUCCUACCUUAGAUUACUCGAAAAAUCUCUCCGAUCGGGAAGUUUACUAUUGUAGAUUGCAGAUUGCAGAUUGCAAUACUGAAUUUCACAGUUUGCAGCUAAGAUAGUUGUUUAUUGGCAGUGGUAGCAGUCAGAUGGCUCUUUCAGUUUCUGUUCAAGAAAAACGAAGCAGGAACAAGAGAAAAUUCAGGUCUGAUCCAUUUUUAGGGGAGCCAAAUAAGAUUUUUCCGGCGCCUCAACACGAGAGCCUUUGCUAUGAAUUCUCUGCUGGGAAGUUUGAAAUAGCCCCAGGUCAUAGACAAGUUGCUGCUUGUGAUCUGUGCAGUGUUAGCCUAGAUCAUCCUCAUGGAUUGAAGCUUGACCUUGGAUUGUAUGGUCCUGGAAUUUCACCGGAGGCCUGGCCUCGUCAACCGAAGGAAGAGCUCGAGGCAAAUGAAUUCAAUGAUGCUGAUUGGAGUGAUCUAACAGAAGCCCAAUUGGAAGAACUUGUCCUGAGUAGUUUGGACACCAUUUUCAAGAGUGCAAUAAAAAGAAUUGUUGCGUGUGGCUACACUGAAGAAGUUACUAUUAAGGCCAUCUUAAGGUCCGGCACCUGUUAUGGAUGUAAAGAUACUGUGUCUAAUAUAGUUGAUAAUACUUUAGCAUUUCUUAGAAGUGGCCAAAGGAUCGAUUCUUCACCAGAGCACUAUUUUGAAGAUUUGAUGCAACUUGAAAAGUAUAUAUUGGCUGAAUUGGUUUGUGUUCUUCGAGAGGUUAGGCCAUUCUUCAGUACUGGGGAUGCAAUGUGGUGUUUGUUAAUUUGCGACAUGAAUGUGUCACAUGCUUGUGCAAUGGAUUAUGACCCUUUAAGUAGUUUAGGAAGUGAUGGCACUGCUGAUGUCUCAUCAUCCAGCCUAGCAGCAUUGCAAUCAAACACGGAAACCCAAUCUCUUGAAUUAGGUCCUCCAAGUUCUUAUAAAUCAAUUCCUGCACGUUCUCAUAACCCUCAAUCUAGGAAACCCUUCGUGGCAGGCGUGAACAACCCAAAAAAAUCUCAAAUUAUUGGUGGACUCUUCCAGAAUGGAGGCACUGUUUGUGGAUCCAAUUGUGCUAAUAAAUCAAUUAGUACUGCUGGAACAUCUCAAUCUCCCCGGGUGGAAGAAAAAUGUGGAACUGUUAGAAAGGUCCAUUCUGGGAGCACCAAGCGGGACUACUCUCUUCGGCAGAAGUCAUUUCAUUUAGAAAAGAGUUAUCGGACUUAUGGACCUAAAGGGUCCUCAAGAGCUGGGAAGCUGAGUGGUUUAAUCUUGGAUAAAAAACUCAAAUCUGUGUCGGAAUCUUCUACCAUAAACUUAAAGAGUGCAUCCUUACAGAUAAAUAAAGCAAUGGGAGUUGAUGUGGCUCAAGACAAUCUUAAUGCUAAUUUCUUAUCUAAUGUCGGACCAUCAACCCUCACUGCAUUUAGCCAGGAUUCUGCUGGUUCUAAUUCUAAAUCAGCCAAUACUUCGUAUGCAGUAUAUGCAGCAAAUACUUUACCUGUAUUCAGUGCCUCAAGUUCAUUACCAGCUACAGAUACAGAUCUUUCUCUUUCAUUGCCUUCAAAAAACAAAUCUUCUACACAACCUUUCGGCUGCAACAAUGCGGCACCUAAUAGUGUUAAAAUGGGGAUAACAUGUGACAAGUCCCUGGGGAAGCGGACACCCCAAGAUGGAAAGGAUGAGAUGAUUUUGAAGCUGGUUCCAAAGGUCCGGGAGCUGAAAAAUCAGCUUCAAGAAUGGACUGAGUGGACCAAUCAGAAGAUAAUGCAGGCUGCUCGUCGACUGAGUAAGGACAAGGCGGAGCUUCAGACACUAAGGCAAGAGAAAGAGGAAGUUGAACGUCUUAAGAAAGAGAAGCAAUCUCUCGAGGAAAAUACCAUGAAGAAGCUUUCUGAGAUGGAAAGUGCCUUGUCUAAAGCUAGUGGGCAGGUUAAGAGAGCAAAUGCUGCUGUCCGGAAACUUGAGGGGGAGAAGGCUGCACUGAGGAGAGAGAUGGAGGCUGCUAAGCUACAUGCUACGGAAACUGCCACAAGCUGUCAAGAGGUUUCAAGGAGAGAAAAGAAGACCCAAAUGAAGUUUCAGUCAUGGGAAAAACAGAAAUCCUUGUUUCAGGGAGAGUUAAUGAUUGAAAAACAAAAAUUGGCCCAGCUGCUACCAGAAUUAGAGCAAGCUAGAAUGCAACAGGAGCAAUUUGAGGCUAGAUGGCAGCAGGAAGCAAAGGCAAAAGAAGAACUUCUCAAACAGGCCAGUUCUAUAAGAAAAGAAAGAGGACAAAUUGAGGAAUCUGGAAAAUCCAAGGAGGGUAUCAUCAAAUUGAAAGCAGAGAAGAAUUGGCAAAAGUACAGAGAUGAUAUCUGUAAACUUGAAAAAGAAAUCUCCCAACUGAGACUGAAGAGUGAUUCUUCAAAAAUUGCAGCACUAAGGAAGGGCAUUGAUGGAUGCUAUGCCAGCAGAUGCAUGGACAUGAAAAAUGACACUUCUUUUAUUUCAGAACUAGUCAUUGGCUACUCGAUGACUGGUGGUGUAAAACGAGAAAGGGAAUGUGUGAUGUGCCUUUCAGAGGAGAUGUCUGUUGUAUUCCUCCCAUGUGCACAUCAGGUUGUUUGCACAACAUGCAAUGAGCUCCAUGAGAAACAAGGCAUGCUAGAUUGUCCUUCUUGUAGGAGCCCCAUCAAGCAGCGUAUUGCUGUACGUUUUCCAUGUACUUAAUUUAAUUUUUUUCUUGAGUGAGUUGAGUGUUUUGAAUAAUAAUGUCUAUGUGACUCAUGCAAUGAAUAAUGCAUUCAAAUUGUGCAUCUCAAAAGUUUGAGAUACAUUUGCUUUCAAUACCAGGGUUGAUUCUUCUGUGCA